GCCGCCAGCAUUUUCUUCAAUCCGUGUGCGGACAGGCGCAUGUCCGCGAGUGCGUGCGUCCUGUGCUGCCAUGGCCCGUACACGGGGCCCUGAGCGUGCCAAGCCAAAGAUUGUGGACCUGGAGUCCAUCACUCCGCCGCUGUCCGGGUGCACAUGUGGCUCUGGCCAGCAGCUGGAGGAGGAGCACGAGAGGAUACUGGCGCAAAGUCGCAAUCUUUCCACGCGUGCAGAUGCUGCUGCGGCGCGUGAGGAGCAGCUGGGACAAAGACUUGAAGGCCUGGACCUGGAGCUGGAGCGCUUGGACUCCGCCGAGGAGGAACUGCGCUGGUCUCAAGAAGACGUCCGAGCGGCAUCCUUGGAAGCUCAGCAGGCUUUGCAGGAUGCUCGCGAGAGGGAAAAGGCCUUGGUGGAAGCAGAGGAUGAUCUGGCGCGGACAGCUGAGGAGUUGUCAGAUUUGGAGCGCAAGGUGCUUGCCAAAGAGUCAGAGUUGGCUCAAGACGAGUCUGACCUGAUUGAGGCCAGAAACUUGGUCGAGGGAGAGAUCCGUCGUGUGCAAGAGCAACAUGACGUGGUGGAGCAAGAGGCCUUGUCGCUGCAGUCGGAGUAUGAUGAUUUGGGCUAUUUGCUUGACGAGGUGGAGCGGGAGCAAUGGUCGCUCGAAUCGGACCGAAGCCUCCUGGCGGAGAUCGAGUCGCAGGUGGAGCCCAUCCGUCGACGGCUGGUGGAGCGCGAGCGGCGCCUGCGGAGCGAAGAGGAGGAGCUGAACGCUGCGGAGGAGCGGAGCGGAGUGGAGCCGGAGGGAUGGAAGAUGGUGGAAGAUCUGUUACAGAUCAUCUGCAUGAAUCGAUUCGACUCCUAGACGGACUCUUCGUUGAGCUUGAAGACAGAGAAGCUCAACUGGAGCCUGAGUACCAAGAAAGCACCAAAGCUGCUUUCGCAGUUCAAAGGCGUCAGCAGGAGCUUGAACGUCAGAUCGAGGAGACUCGACAACAACAGCAACGUCUUCUUCAUCAGCUUCAAGAGAUGAGUGUAGGACAGAAUGGCUAUACAGCCGACUUGGCUUCAGAAGAGGAGAUGCGCGCAAAGCUCGCGCAGUUUCGAAGCUCGGAAAGUGAUUGGGCUGAAAGAGUGAGACUUCAUCAGGUGGAGGUUCAGAAGUUGGAAGCCAGACUGUUGGAGCUGAAGGAGCCAAGCAGAUGAUGUGAGCGAAUUGGCAUGCCCGCGCGGGCGCGGACCGUUCAAGGAUUGCGCUCAGCCUGAAGAAUGAGUCGGG